AUGACGACGACAAAAAACCGAUACACGAAGCUAGAAACGCUCGGGGAAGGCACGUUCGGGAUCGUUUACAAAGCCUCGAUGACGAAUGAUGCUAACGAUGAAUCGUAUUCUCAGCAGUUCGUGGCGAUUAAGAAAAUUCGUCUCGGGAAAGCGAAAGAAGGCAUCAACUUCACCGCCAUUCGGGAGAUUAAACUUCUCAGAGAGCUGCACCACCCACACGUCGUUCCUUUGGUGGACGUGUUUAGCAAGAAGAGGAACUUACACUUGGUGUUUGAAUUCGCCUCGGGUGGGGAUUUGGAGAUGAUUAUUAAAGAUUCGAGCAUCGAUUUGUCCAUCGCGGACGUGAAGUCGUAUUUGAGGAUGAGUUUGGAGGCGAUUGCGUUUUGUCACCAAAAUUGGAUCUUACAUCGAGACGUGAAACCGAACAACUUGUUAGUGCACGAGAGCGGGGCGCUGAAGUUGGCAGAUUUUGGCUUAGCGAGAGCUUUUGGGAGUCCAGAACGGGAGAAUGGGAGGGAGUAUACUCGCGCGGUGUUUGCGAGAUGGUACCGAGCGCCGGAGCUUUUGUUGGGCGCCAAAAGGUACGGGCCGAAGGUAGAUUCGUGGGCGGUUGGGAUGGUAUUCGCGGAGUUGAUGCUAAGGAAACCGUUUUGCGCGGGAAAUUCGGAUAUAGAUCAGUUGACGAAGAUUUACCACGUUUUAGGGACGCCGACGGAGGAGGAGUGGGAAGGGUGCGCGGCGCUGCCGGAUUGGAUGAGUUUUCCGAGGAAAGAGAAGAUGGAUUUGAGGAAGAUUUUCGGCGUGGAAGUUGGCGGGAAGAGCGGAGUAGGGGGGAAGUCGAGCAGCGCGAACCUGGAAGCGAUUGAUUUGUUGGAACAGCUUUUGAAAUACGAUCCAGAGAAACGAAUUUCGUGUCAAGAGGCGUUGAAGCACGCGUACUUCAACACCGCUCCGGCGCCGACGGAGAUUAGCAAAUUGCCAAAGAGGAAGGUGACUACCACCGAGGAGAAGAAAAUGAGCGACGAUACAAAAACGGACGGCGAAGAUGAGGCGAAAAGAGCGGCGAAUAAACGAGCGCGGACGGAGGGAGACGAGGACAAAGAAGUAGUAGAAGAAGAAGAGGGCACGAAGAAGCGGUUGCGCGAAACGCACCCGACGGCAUCGGAUGACGCCAAAGAAGGAUUGAAAGCAAAAACGAAGCAAAUGCAAUCCAUGUUUGACGACGAAGCGGCGGCAAAGUAA